GCCGCGGCUCGGGCUCGGGCUCCGGCUCCCGGGCAUUUAAAGGGGACGCGGCGGCGGCGGCGGCGGCGGCCCGGGGGAAUGGGGGGCAGGUGGGGGAAGCCAUCCAGACGCACGUCAUCCACGGUCCUUCGGGACUGGAGGGACUCGUGAGCCGGAGCCCAGGAAUCCGGGGGUGGAUAAAACACCGCGCUCCCCCCCCCCCCAAUUCCGUAAGCACCCCGUGCUCUAUCUUGCGCCCUAAUAUAGCCAGACCCCCUUCUCCCCACUCUUUACACUCAAACUCAGCCGGGACAGACCUCUGCCACCGCCGCCCCCACCCUUGAAGAGGAGAUCCUGCUCCCUUUACUCAGAGGGACUGUGAUCACUCAGGACAAAGCUGCUGGAGUGGGAGUGGUAUCUCCUGACCUUUCUCCUCUGACUGCCAGGUCCUAGAACAUUCAUGAUAUCAGCAUGGAUUGAUUGGGAUAUGACCUGCCUCCUUCCCCCAAUAUAUGUCAUUCUAUGGCCUCUAAAUCUCCUUCAUCCUUCCUUUAACCUAUGUCUCCUCUCUCCGAGGCCCUCCUAUUUUUUGUUCACUGCCCCCUUGAGCUUUGCCCUUCCCUCUCCCAAUUCAAUUCCUUGACUUAAAAGUUCUUGGGAAAAAGACUCAUAUCUUAUCUCUAAGGAAAAUUAUGUGCAUCCAAUCAUGGAAGUAGGGAGACAGGAGACAUCUCUGGAGGGUUUCCAGAGCUUGUGUCCUGUUCCUAGGAUGUACCACACUCUGUCCCAGCGAAACUGUCACCUUGACAAAGUCAGAGGGGUUUAAACUGUUACCCACUCUCACCACCAGAGGGCAGCAGACAACCAGACCGUUGCUCCUCCAACUCUUGCCUCUCAGUAUCUCCCUGUCUUUCCCAGUGGCUUCUGAUGUCUCACUCAACCCAUGGAUGGAGUGGUGGGAGGGUUCAGAGGUGCUCUGGACAACAGCUGGAGGCCAACAGAGUCCCUAGACAAGGUGCUCAGGGUGAUGUGCUGACGAUGAGCGGGUGUUUUCCAGUUGCCGGCCUCCGGUGCCUGUCUAGGGACGGCGGGAUGGCGGCGCAGGGCGCGCCACGCUUCCUCCUGACCUUCGACUUCGACGAGACCAUCGUGGAUGAAAACAGCGACGACUCGAUCGUGCGCGCUGCUCCGGGCCAGAGGCUGCCCGAGAGCCUGCGCGCCACCUACCGCGAGGGCUUCUACAACGAGUACAUGCAGCGCGUGUUCAAGUACCUGGGUGAGCAGGGCGUGCGGCCCCGGGACCUGCGCGCCGUCUAUGAGGCCAUCCCCCUGUCGCCGGGCAUGGGCGACCUGCUGCAGUUCAUAGCCAAGCACGGCUCCUGCUUCGAGGUUAUUCUCAUCUCCGAUGCCAACACCUUCGGCGUCGAGAGCGCGCUGCGCGCCGCCGGCCACCACGGCCUCUUCCGCCGCAUCCUGAGCAACCCGUCGGGGCCCGACGCCAGGGGACAGCUGGUCCUGCGGCCCUUCCACACCCACAGCUGCACGCGCUGCCCGGCCAACAUGUGCAAGCACAAGGUGCUCAGCGACUACCUGCGCGAGCGGGCUCGCGACGGCGUGCACUUCGAGCGCCUCUUCUACGUGGGCGACGGCGCCAACGACUUCUGCCCCAUGGGGCUGCUGGCGGGCGGGGACGUGGCCUUCCCGCGCCGCGGCUACCCCAUGCACCGCCUCAUCCAGGAGGCGCAGAAAGCCGAGCCCAGCUCCUUCCGCGCAGGCGUGGUGCCCUGGGAAACCGCCGCCGACGUACGCCUUCAUCUGCAACAGGUGCUGAAGACGUGCUAAGGACCGCCGCCGCCUGCAGGGGGCGCUCGAGGCGACGGCGCGGAGAAGGGGCCCGGGCCGCGCGCCAGGGGUGGGGGAGUGGGAAAGACAAACCUAGUUUUACCAUUCCCUCUUCCCUUUCGCUUUGCUACGUCCCUCCGGGAAUUUCUGGAGUUGGUUUUUUUUGUUUUGUUUUUUGGUUGUUUUUUUCCCAUGGGGGGAGGGGGCUGAGAGCGGGGUUCGGGAGCCGUCCCUAUCUAUGCAGUUACCCCAGCUCGGCUGCCGCCUCCCCGUUUCCACUGCAAUCAGUGGAGUCUGGCCCAAUGGGGGUGUGGUGUGCAUGCCUCUAGAAAGGUAGCAGUGUUUCCAAAAUAUCCUGUCUUCCCAACUGGGAAAGGACUUCCUGGAAGGUGCCAGAAGGAACAUCUCCCACUGCUUUAAGUUGCCUCGGCCUGUGUAACUCCCCAUCCCCAGCCUUCUCUCCAAGAGACCCAGGAUCCCCCCACAUUGGCAAAGCCGCACACCAGACCCCCCCCCACGGACAGAUGACAGCUCCAGGCCUCCUUGAUCCUGCUUCCACCACUACAGCACCACCCUCUUGCUGUACUUGUUACACCUCCUUGCCUCACCCAAGACCCCCAGCCCAUCCCACCAAUACCCCUGAACCAGGAGAAACCAUCGCUUCCUGGUAGUGGGACGAGGGUAGCACACUGUCCACCUUGGGUUAAGGCCGACCAGGGACCUCUGAGCGUGAGAUUGUGUCCGUCCCUCGCACCCCAGCCUCGUCUAUGCAGCAAGAGACCAGGGACUUCACCAAAGUCGUCCUCCACGCCCCUCUCCUCCCAAUAUGGAACCGAAAGCCAUGAUGUUUUUAAGCAGAGCCAGGGAAGCCCAAGGUCCUCUUACCUCUGGUGUUUUAGACCUAUAAAAGGAGGUGAAGAGGGA